AUGAAAUGUUUCCCAAUAUGUUUCAACUGCAGAGGAGCAUCCUGUUUUCACACACUAGAUGAAAUCGAUGACGAACCAAACUUUAAUGAAGACGAAGUAUUGCUACCUGACGAAGAUGACGUAUUGGAAGACCUUCAGGAUGAAGAUGACCUUAAAUUGGACCAAUUGUUUCCGUCAGCUUCUACUUUUCACUCCCAAACGUAG